CUGCUUGGUUCAUUGCUAUUUACAAGCAGCCUUCCCAGCGUGCAAUGGAUAUCCCAGGCAGGGCUAUUUUUAAGCAGGGCUAUGGCCUGCCGUGGGUUAAGCUGGUGUGGACAGAAAGCGACAUGAUCUAGCCGUCUACUGCAGAUGGCCUGAUCUUGAAGAGAAAUGUGACUGUAGUUGUCCCUGGAUCCCGGCCCCAGACAAAGAUGCUGGAAGGAGGUCCCUCCGGCCCCUGGUUCAGGGACCGGUCAGCUGCUGGAGUCAGGCAGCUUGAGACAUCCUCCUCUCUGACCUUGGCUUGAGGGGUUCAUCCUCCAGAGCUCACCAGGACCCAAGGCUGGUGCACCUGAGAGAAGAGAGAAACAAAUCCCCCAACAGAUGUGCAGUUUCUCCUGCUGACCCUUCCAUUCUGAGACCCAAGCACCACUCUUAGAGCACUGGCAGAGGAGCCUCCAGGACCAGGCCUGGGGAGCAAGACUGGCCGUUUACGUUUCAGAGAAAGGGCAGGUGCUGCCAAGGGCCCAGCGCUCAGGGGCCUGCCUUCAAGGGUACGGCUGUGGGGCCGGUGCCACGGGAGGUCCGCGCUGGGAUUGGCGAGGUCCUAAGCCCCGCCCCGCCAGGGAGGCUUUUCCAGGCCGGCCGGCCGGCUCCCCGGACGCUUCUUGGCUGUGUGGGCUCUGCAGGACGUGGGAGAGUCCGGCGUCAAGGUCGACACUCAUCCAAGAGAAAGGAUGGCCAGUAUCUUUUCUAAAUUGCUAACUGGCCGCAAUGCUUCUCUGCUGUUUGCUACCAUGGGCACUAGUGCCCUCACCACUGGUUACCUGCUGAACCGGCAGAAGGUGUGUGCCGAGGCCCGGGAGCAGCCCAGGCUAUUUCCUGCAAGCGCAGACUACCCAGACCUGCGCAAGCACAACAACUGCAUGGCCGAGUGCCUCACCCCUGCCAUCUACGCCAAGCUUCGCAACAAGGUGACGCCCAAUGGCUACACCCUGGACCAGUGCAUCCAGACUGGAGUAGACAACCCUGGACACCCCUUCAUAAAGACUGUGGGCAUGGUGGCUGGUGACGAGGAGUCCUACGAGGUGUUUGCUGACCUUUUUGACCCCGUCAUCAAACUAAGACACAAUGGCUAUGACCCCAGGGUGAUGAAGCACCCAACUGACCUGGAUGCAUCCAAGAUCACCCAAGGGCAGUUCGAUGAGCACUAUGUGCUGUCAUCUCGGGUACGCACAGGCCGCAGCAUCCGUGGGCUGAGCCUACCACCUGCCUGCACCCGGGCUGAGCGGAGGGAGGUGGAGAACGUGGCCAUCAUGGCCCUGGAGGGCCUCAAGGGAGACCUGGCCGGCCGCUACUACAGGCUGUCUGAGAUGACGGAGCAGGACCAGCAGCGGCUUAUCGAUGACCACUUUCUGUUUGAUAAGCCAGUGUCCCCUUUAUUAACAUGUGCUGGAAUGGCCCGUGACUGGCCAGAUGCCAGAGGAAUCUGGCAUAAUUAUGAUAAGACAUUUCUCAUCUGGAUAAAUGAGGAAGAUCACACCAGGGUAAUCUCAAUGGAAAAAGGAGGCAAUAUGAAACGAGUGUUUGAGCGAUUCUGUCGUGGACUAAAAGAAGUGGAACGGUUAAUUCAAGAACGAGGGUGGGAGUUCAUGUGGAAUGAGCGCCUAGGAUACAUUCUGACCUGUCCUUCAAACCUUGGAACAGGACUACGAGCCGGUGUCCACGUUAGGAUCCCAAAGCUCAGCAAGGACCCACGCUUUUCUAAGAUCCUGGAAAACCUAAGACUCCAGAAGCGUGGCACAGGUGGUGUGGACACUGCCGCGGUUGCAGAUGUGUACGACAUUUCCAACAUAGACAGAAUUGGUCGAUCAGAGGUGGAGCUUGUUCAGAUAGUCAUCGAUGGAGUCAAUUACCUGGUGGAUUGUGAAAAGAAGUUGGAGAGAGGCCAAGAUAUUAAGGUGCCACCCCCUCUGCCUCAGUUUGGCAAAAAAUGAACUUUCCCUUUCCCAAUUUAUAAGUAAUCUGUCUGCUGGUAUGACAGACAUAAAUCUCUACUCUGAGAGUUUUUGUACACUUGAAAAAAUGUAAAAUUGUAGGUCCUGCCUAUCUUUACAAUAAAACUCUCCUUAAU